UGCGUCAAGGACCGCGCCGCGCUGCGCCGCGCCGCCGCAGUCGGGCCUCGGUCGCCCUGGUAACGCGCGUGGGGCCGGUUCCUCAACAUGAACGUCCGGGUCGCGCGGGCUGCGUGGGCCUUGGUCCGGGGCGUGAGGUGCAGGCGCAGCGCCUCGAGCUUCUUGCUGCCUCCUCCGGGCGCGGUGGACGUGGAGGAGCUGUUGCGAGAUGCGACAGCGGCGGAGGAAGGGCCCCGGGAGGCCUCGGUGCGGCGGUUGCCGGGCCAGUGCUCGGUGCUGCUCUUCCCCGGCCAGGGCAGCCAGGUGGUGGGCAUGGGCCGCGGUCUGCUCCGCUACCCGCGCGUCCGCGAGCUCUACGCCGCCGCCCACCGCGUGCUGGGCUACGACUUGCUGGAGCUGAGCCUGCAUGGGCCGCAGGAGGUCCUGGACCGCACCGUGCACUGCCAGCCCGCCGUCUUCGUGGCUUCGCUGGCCGCCGUCGAGAAACUGCAUCACCUGCAGCCCGCGGUUAUUGAGAACUGUGUUGCUGCUGCAGGAUUCAGUGUGGGAGAAUUUGCAGCCCUAGUGUUUGCUGGAGCCAUGGAAUUUUGUGAAGGUUUGUAUGCAGUGAAAAUCCGAGCUGAGGCCAUGCAGGAAGCCUCGGAAGCUGUCCCCAGUGGGAUGUUGUCCGUCGUCGGCCAGCCUCAGUCCAAGUUCACCUUUGCCUGUCUGGAGGCCCAGGAGCACUGCAGGACUUUGGGCAUAGAGAACCCCGUGUGCGAGGUGUCCAGCUACCUCUUUCCCGACUGCAGGGUGAUCUCAGGACACCUGGAGGCUCUGCAGUUUCUCCAGAAGAAUUCCUCCAAGUAUCACUUCAGACGCACCAAGAUGUUGCCAGUUAGCGGUGGGUUCCAUACCAGCCUCAUGGAGCCAGCUUUGGAGCCCCUGGCACAAGUUUUAAAGGCAAUUGAUGUCAAGAAGCCUCUGGUGUCCGUCCACUCAAACGUUAAUGGGAGUAGAUACAUGCAUCCAGAACACAUCCGGAAAUUGCUGGUCCGGCAGGUGGUCUCCCCAGUGAAGUGGGAGCAGACGAUGCACGCCGUAUAUGAGAGGAAGAAAGGCACCGAGUUCCCCAAAACUUUUGAAGUAGGACCUGGGAAGCAGCUGGGAACCAUCCUGAAGAGCUGUAACCUGCAGGCCUGGAGGUCCUACAGUCACGUGGAGGUGCAGGAGGCUGACGAGGACCUGUACUAGAACCUGUAGGGGCCUCCCGAGGACCUUGGCAUGGAGGGCGCAUGGCUGAGGAGGCCGAAGGGGCUCCAGUGGGCCGAGCCCAGCCAGGCCGCCGCCUCCAAGUGAUCAGGAGGGAUUGUUUGCAGAGUGCUUUGAGCGCCACAUAAAAAGCACUGAAAACGAG